CGCCGGCGCAUUUACCUACGGGAGCAGGUAGCCGAGGCACGUAUUAUUAUAACGAUAAAUAAGACUGAUUUAUAUGUGUCACUUUCACCCAUUUCAAGAUGGGGAAAAGUAGUAUUAGCUUUUUAAGUGUUAUAUUAUUAAUUUCCGUUUUAUGGAAACCAGCGUUCGCCAAUGAUAAGUGCUCAAUAGGCUGCAAAGGAUCUCCCACGAUCCAAUCGUUCUUAAACGGACACAAAUACAACUAUGGCGUUGAAGGAACUGUUACCAUCUACCUGACCGGCGCCUCCAACCAGGAGACCAAUGUGAAGCUUCUCGGACAGGUGUCAGUGACCUCGGUCGGCAACUGCGUGCAUGAGCUGGCUGUGCAGAACCUGGUGAUCUCAAGCCCUGAUGGCAAGAAACACCAAAGCCCUCCCGGCAUCGACAAGCCAGUCCGCUUCACCCUCCAAGAUGGCCGCGUCGGCGCCGAGAUCUGUGCUGAGGAGGGCGACACGCGCCGCUCCCUCAACGUCAAGAGAGCCAUCAUCUCGCUGCUCCAGACCGAACAGAAACCCUCGACUCAGGUGGACAUCUUCGGAACCUGUCCCACGGACGUGUCAUCCUCCCAGGAGGGCAGCGCCGUGCUGGUGCACCGCAGCCGCGACCUCUCCCGCUGUGGACACCGCGAGCAGGGCAAGAACGACCUCAUCACUGGAGUCUUCAACCCUAAUGCUGAAAUCAAGGACACUCAAGUCCUCCAGUCCUCAUUGAACGUGGAGACCAAGGUGAACAACGGAGUCCCUGAGAAGGUAGCCGCGACUGAGGAGUACCUGUACCGUCCCUUCUCCAUCGGAGAGAACGGCGCCAGGGCUAAGGUCCACACCAAGCUCACGCUGACUGGCAAGGCUAGGGCUGCCAGCAACCCAAGCCACUGCACGGAGUCCCGCACUAUCAUCUUCGAGAACCCCCACGGCGUGGCCAACACCCAGAGCACAAUGAACUCCGCCCUCGCCUCAGUGAAGGAGACCGCCAAGUCUGUCGCCACUGAGGCCAACUCCAAGUCCGCCGGAAACUUCGCCCAACUUGUCAGGAUUCUGCGUACCAGCAGCAAGGACGAUCUCCUGAAGGUUUACAGCCACAUCAAGGGAAAUAAUGUUGAGAAGCGUGUGUUCCUGGACGGUCUACUCCGUGCCGGAACUGGCUACAGCAUCGAAGUGUCCAUCCAACUCCUGAAGAACAAGGAACUGAGUCCUCUGGAGCAGAAGCUGGUCUUCCUCUCCCUCGGAAACGCUAAGCACGUCAACAACGAUGCCUUGAAGGCUGCAGCUUCUAUCCUGGAUUUGCCAAACCUCCCCCGUGAAGUGUACUUGGGAGUUGGUGCCUUAGCCGGUGCCUUCUGCCGCGAACACCAGUGCCACCACGUGAAGAAUGAUGGAAUCGUAGCUCUGAGCAACAAACUUGCAUCCAAACUGCAAGGUUGCAGGCCCAAGACCAAAGUUGAUGAGGACGCCGUCGUAGCCGUUCUGAAGGGUAUCCGUAACGUGAGGCACUUGGAAGACUCGCUGAUCGACAAGCUGGUGCACUGCGCCGCCGACAACAACGUCAAGCCCAGGGUCAAGGCCGCAGCCCUUGAAGCUUUCCAGGCUGAUGCCUGCGCUGCUAAGCUGAAGAAGUCCGCUAUCGACAUCAUGAAGAACCGUCAGCUGGACUCCGAGAUCCGCAUCAAGGCUUACCUCGCCGUGAUCUCUUGUCCCUGUGCUCAGUCCGCCUCUGAGAUCAAGAACCUGUUGGACUCUGAACCCGUUCACCAAGUCGGCAACUUCAUCUCGUCGUCUCUGCGCAACAUUCGCGCCUCGUCCAACCCCGACAAGCAGCUCGCUCGCCACCACUACGGACUCAUCCGAACUCCAUCCAAGUUCAAUUCAGACAUCAGGAAAUACUCUUUCAACGCGGAGGAAUCCUUUAACAUCGACACUCUUGGCCUCGGUGGUAACAUCGAGAAGAACGUGAUCUACUCCCAGGACUCGUUCCUGCCCCGCUCCGUCAACGUCAACCUGACCUGCGAAGUCUUUGGACACAGCUUGAACGUUCUUGAGGUUGGUGGUCGUCAAGGCAACCUCGACCGUGUUGCUGAGCAUCUCUUCGGACCCAAGAGUUUCCUGCGCUCCGAGGACCCCAAGUCCUUGUACAAGAGGUUCUACACUGACAAGGUCGCCCAGUUCAAGGAAAAGCUGGACAGCUUCUCCAGAGGCCGUCGUUCUAUCAAGAGCGAAAUUGAUGGCUUCGACAAGAACCUGAAAGCGGAAUCCACUCCCUUCAACAACGAACUGGACCUGGACCUGUACAUCAAGCUCUUCGGAACUGACGCCGUCUUCCUGUCUCUUGGUGAUGACAAGGGCUUCGACUUCGAGAAGGUCAUUGACCAGAUCUUGGCUCACGUCAACCAGGGCGUGAACCAGGUCAAACACUUCCAGCAAGAAGUCCGCGCUCACAUGCUCUUCUUAGACGCUGAGCUUGCUUACCCGACCUCCACUGGUUUGCCUCUGAAAUUGGACCUUGUGGGAUCAGCCACUGGUCGCCUGGAGAUGGCCACCAACAUCGACAUCCGCCAAUGCCUACGCAGCCCUCAAGACGCCAAGGUUGACAUCAAACUCGUGCCCAGCACUGAUAUCGAAGUAUCUGGAUCCCUUCUCGUCGACGCUGACGCAAUCACCGCUGGUCUGAAGGUUAUCGUCAACCUGCACAGUUCCACUGGUACCCAUGUCAUCGCUAAGGUUCUUGAGAACGGCCGCGGCUUCGACCUCCAAGUCGGACUCCCCAUUGACAAGCAAGAAAUCAUCACCGCCUCUAACGACCUCGUCUACUUCUUCGCUGAAAAGGGACAAGUAGAGAAACACACGCCUGUCAAAUUGGACAACGUUGUUAAGGAGAACACUGGCUGCUUCGACCAAGCCGCUGAAUUCCUCGGAUUAACGGUCUGUGGAGAGGCGACCGUUCCUUUCACUGUCUCAGGCCCCGACGCUCAGGCUUCCAUCUCUAAGUACCUCGCCAGCUACCCACUCUCUGGCAAGACCAAGUUCCGCGUGAUGCUCGAGAAGCAGAACCUCAGAGGUUACCACAUCAAGGGUGUUGUCCGAUCAGAUAAUAACGGCAGACAGAGCUUCGAACUUGUCUUUGAUGCUGAAGGUGUCAAGAACGGUCGCACCCAACUGGACGGUGAAUACGUAUACAACCAAAACGAAAUAGGCGCACAGUUUUCACUGAACUCCCCUCUUAAGGUUGUAUCCGGCCAGGCUUCAUUCUACCGCAAGCCCAACGAACUGACCGUGCUCGUUAAAGGCAAAUACGACGCCAAUGAAAUUUAUGGAAAACUUGGCUUCAACAUCCAGGGCGGUGGCAACCGCAGGGUCUACAAACCAAUCGCCGAAUACCAGGUGACCGGCCAAGACAAGAGCGUCAUCCCAAUUUCUGGUCAAGUGGUUGAGGAAUCAGGUGAUGGUAAGAAGAAGUACACCAUCCAAGACAUCAAGGUGACCAUCCCUGGUAGGAAGGAUCCCGUCUGCAUCGACGGACACUUCAGCAGCGGCGGCGACAGAGACAUUGACUUCGACACCACCGUCAAGGACCUCGCUACCCUCAAGGGUUCCGUGAGGAAGAACAACGUGAAUGUGGAGUUCCAGAACAAGCUUAACCCCUUCAUCAACUUCAAGCUCAACGGACACUUUGAAUAUGACUCCAUCAUCCGCAAUGAAAUUGACCUGAUCUACGGAGGAGACCUUCGCAACAACAAGAACCGCGUCGUCUUCGCGCAGAUGCUGAAGUACGGAGGCAACGCCGAGAACUUCAACGUAAUCACCAAGAACAAGUUCGAAAUCCACAUGAUUCCUAUGAAGGUUAAAUUCGAUGCUGAUAUCGACCCCAAGAAGGUAGAUGUCAAACUGGAAGGACAGUACACCGACAAGAAGGCAGACUUUGACCUUGAAGCCAGGACUCACAUCAAGAAGCCAGGAGACUACAGCGUCAAGGUUAAGGCUAUUUACGACAAGAACGGUAUCGAAGUGUUCGCGAAGAGAGACAUCGUGUCCGCUGACAAGUCGAACUUAGAGAACUACAUUGACUUCAAGAAUGUCGGACGUUAUGAGCUGUCAGGAGUCCUGCUCCACAAGACCAAGCCUAAUGACGUCAACGUCGGAGCUAUCGGACACCUGAAGGCGUCUGUCGGCAGCAAGACCCAGGAUAUCAAAUUCGACAUCGGUCACAUCCAGACCCAGAACCUGUACUCCUCGCACGCCAAGGUCACGGAGUCCCAGGGAGACCUGGUAGACUUCCUCCUCAAGAUCACCCAAGGUCCCAGCCCCAACGGCCAGCUGAAGCUCAUUGUCAAGAACACGAUCUCCGCUAACGGACAGUUCAAGGUUUCCGACGCUGAUGGCAAGGGCCACGGAAUGAUCAUCGUUGAAUUCAAACAAGCCCAACGCAAGAUCAAGGGAGACGUCAAGUUCGUCGUUAAGGCUCCGCUGUACGGCGGUGAUGUGGACCUGUACCUCAACUAUGAGAAGGACAACAAGGACAAGGUCCACUUCAGCACCACCACCAAGAAGACUGACAAGGUCUUCGACUCCAAGAACAAGUUUGACUACGCUGGCAAGAAGUUUGAGCUCCUUGUUCACCAAGAUGGCGAGUUUGGAGUGACCGGCAAGACGCACGGCGUGAUCGAGCUGGUGCUGCCCACCGAGAGAUGCCUGACCCUGAAGGUCGACCGCGAGCUGUCUCAAGCUAAGGACUUAUACAAUGGCCAUGCUGAAGUCGUGCUGUCAGACGCCACCAAGCGCGGAGGACCAGCUUCCUCCAUCAGCUACAAGGCCAAGGCCGUGAACACCAACUUCGACAAGGACAUCCUCAACUACGAAGGUCAAGUCGAACUGAAGCUGAAGGAUGGAAAGCAUCUUCUCAACUCCUUCUCUGUCAAGAACAACCCUGAAGGCAACAAGUUCAAGUUUGAUCUUAAGAACGAUGUGACUGGCAACGUGCUGCCCAAGCCGAUCUCUCUGGUCGCUAACGCCGUCUACACUGACUCGCUGACGGAAGUCGAGGACACCUACCGUGUGAAGGCUAACUACGGAGAUGACAUGAACCUGGAGUACAGCGGCGUCUUCGAGGUCAAGGUCUUGGAGGGAGACAAGAAGUACUUGGAUGACAACACUAUCACCUUGAGGUUGCCUUUCGAGAAAGCCCAUGACAUCAAGAUUGUUUCCAACGUCCUUUACGUCCAGCCUGAGAACAAGGGAACCGCUGAGUUCACCAUCGUGGAGUCCAUCCAAGUGAACGCUGACGUUUACAAGAUUGACGCCAACGGCAAGAUCAGCCCCCAGACCGGAUUCUCCACCGUCAAGGUCCUCGUUCCUCACGUAGACCCCGUCGUGUUGGAUGUCAACUACAAGUCUGACCGCAACGGUGACAAGAGCGACAACCACGCCGAACUGAAGGCUAAGUAUGGCAAGGGCAAGUCCGCCUCCAUCGCAGUCAACGCCGCCAUCGCGCCCAGAGACAACACCCUCAACAUCAAGGCCAACGCACCAGGAUCAGAAGGCAUCAAGAAACUUGAGUUCACUGUACACUCAAAGAACCCAGCCCCCGACUCCUACGUCUCGAACAUUAUCGUCGACGCCGACGGCCGCGUCUACAAGUCUGACUCCACCUUCGUCUUCUCUAAGGCACAGCCCCUCAUCGACGUCAAGUACACUAGCCCUUCUACGCCCGAACCCAGCAGACUGUACGUCAAGGGAACCUCCCUGAGCUCCACAGCCGGCAAGGUCGAGCUGAAGAUCGAGAACAUCCGCGACAUCACCUUCGAGAGUGUGACUGAGGGUAGCGUACAGAAGGACAACAUCAACUUCAAGAUGGUUGCCAACUGUGAGAAGCUCGGCUUCAAGGACUACCAGAUCGAGAUCGCCAGCAAAGACGCCGGAGAAGGCAAGCGCUUGGAGUUCCACGCCACCAACGACAAGAAGAACGUUCUUAGUGGAAGCACCUCUUACAUCAGCAAGCAGGAAGGUCCCAAAAUCAUCAUCGAGGGCUCUGGCUCCGUGAAGGUCAAGGAGGACCAGAAGUCUGCUAACUUCAAGUACAUCCGCACCAUCCUAGGAGAAGGAAACGAGAAGGGAGUUGAGACUUUCUUCAACAUGGCUAUCGGUGAGCGCAGCUACGUCGCCGAGUCCCGCGUCACCAACCUGGAGUACAAGAACUCUUACGUCUACUGCGAGGAGAAGAAACAGUGCGCACACGCUGAACUCAACUCCAAGAUCGAUAUGUCCAAACCCGGAGUAAUCACCAACGUCGUUAACGCCGGUUUCGAUCUCCGCAAACUGGGCAUCACCCCCGAAUUCGGACUGAUGAUCAGGGAUGAGGUAUCAGACAAGAAGCCGCCGCAGUACACCCUGGACCUGCACGUCAACAAGGAAGACAAGAAGUACCACCUGCACGUCUACAACACGCCUGAAUAUGGAAAUGCCAAGUCUGGUGUUACCGUGCAACUGCCCCAACGCGUCCUCGCUCUGGAGUCUGUAGUCUCCUACCCCACAGACAAGGGCCUGCCCUUCCCGGUUCGCGGAGAGAUCUGCUUGGACCUCGACAAGAACAAGCAAGGACACAGGACCUCCGCCAGAUUCCUGGUAGACCUCAACGUAGCCGACGACAAACAACAGUCUGCUGUCGCUGAAUUCGGAUUUAACCACCCUAAACUGAAGAAGGAGGCUGUAGUGAAGGUCCGUGGAGUUGUGGUCCGUCCCCAACAGAACUCCGUCAAGAUUGAGACCUCUGCAUCCAUCUCACACCCAGUCCUUGGAGCAGACCGUGAAUCUAAGAUCUUGGUUGAAGGCUCACCUACACACAUCAAGCUUUUCAUCAACACUCCCCUCGUAAAGGUCAUCGACGUCGAAGGCUCUGCUACCGUCAACGACAACCUCCAGAAGGCUGAAGUCAAGUUCUGCCUCCUGGAAGGCAAGCCCGUCCGCGCGCUGGCCAUAGCUAAGGACUACCAAUACUUCGAGUUCACCACAGAUGAGGCUGACCGCAAACUGUCGGUCGUUGGCCACAUUCAGCCCGAGAAACGCGUUGACAUCAGCGCUGACAUCCUCCUUGGAGGUGAGAAGAAGAACUUGGUGAACGGAGCUCUGUUCUUAGAUGAUAACCUCAUCAAAUCCGAAUAUGGCGCGUCCAAGGACAAUCUGAACUACUUCUUGACUGCUUUGAGGAAGGACUUGGACAACUUGCAAAACCGCAUUAAGCAGUUGGGUGAGAAGGCCAGCAACGACUUCAAGGGUGUUCUGCACCGCGUCGAGCCCACAUUCAAGGACAUUGAGAAGUCUUACGAAGAGGACUUGUCUAAGUUCUACAAGGAAAUCGCUGAUGACAAGACCUUGAAGGAGAUCUCACACGCCUUCAAUGAAAUCGUGCAAUUCGUCGCUAAGAUCUUGGACGAUGUCCUGAAGGGCACCAAACCCAUUGUGGACAUGAUCACCAAGACCUACGUGGACACCGCCAAGCAGAUCCAGGCUUUGUACGAGAAACAGAUCGAGCCAGCCGUGAAGCAAGUGUACACAACCAUCGCGGAGUUCUUCAAGAGCUUCCUGGACAGCAUCAUCGACGUCGUGGCUCACUUCGCCGCCAUCGUCACCGACUUCUACGAGAAGCACAAGCCUGAGCUCGAGGAACUCACCAACACCUUCACUGCUAUCUUCAAGGACUUGACUCGUCUCCUGGUUGCCCAACUGAAGGAGUACCGCGCCCGCGUCACAGCUCUGGUUUCGGAACUCACCAAGUCCAUCAAGGAACUGCCUAUCUUCGCUCUUAUUAAGGAGAAGUACGAGGAGUUGGCUGUACCAGAACAACUGCUGUCCUACCUGCAAAGCGCCUACCAGACCAUCCGCACGUUCCUCCCCACGCCGGAGAUCAGAGAGUUCGCUGAUGCCCUCAACUCUUACAUCAUCAAGAAACUGAAACAAGAGAAGUGCGACGACAACAAGGAGCUGCGCAUGAUCUACCAGAAACUGGUGACAGCCGGUACCUCCACAUACCAGUACAUCAUCACACAACUUGGACAGUUCAGAGCCCCUGCCGGAGCUGGAGGCUUCAACCCGAUGUCCUUCUUCCCCGGAGGCCAGUCUGCGCCAUCGUUCACGCCGCCCACCGCCAGCUUCAUCAGCCAGCUCCUCACCGGUGACGUGCCUGACGUGCUCGCCCUCAUCAAGUCUUACAGACCCAAGAGCAUAAACCCCUUCGACGAAGUGCCUGGAAAACUCCGUUCCGUGAUUGUUAACGGCCAGCACAUCUUCACAUUCGACGGCCGCCACCUGACCUUCCCUGGAAACUGCCGCUACGUGCUCACCCACGACCACGUCGACAGGAACUUCACCUUGCUGAUGCAGCUUGCCAACGGACAGCCUAAGGCCCUCGUCUUAGAAGACAAGAGCGGAAACGUUAUUGAGCUGAAGGAUAACGGACAGGUGACCCUGAACGGCGCCAACCACGGCUUACCAGUUAUCGAGAAGGACUCGUUCGCUUUCCGCUUCGCCAACGGCCGCAUCGGACUCGGAACAACUUACGGACUUAUGGCUCAAUGUUCCAGCAAACUUGAGGUGUGCUACAUCGAAGUGAACGGCUUCUACCUCGGCAAACUGCGCGGUCUUCUCGGAGACGGAAACAACGAGCCCUACGAUGACUUCCGUCUACCUAACGGAAAGAUCUGCGAAUCUGAGAGCGAGUUCGGCAACGCGUACCGCCUGGCCCGCAGCUGCCCCCAGGUGCAGACCCCCCCUCACUCGCACCACCAGCUCCACCACACGCCGCUGCCUCCCGCAUGCGAACAGGUCUUCGGAGGCUCCUCCCCGCUCAGGCCACUCAACAUGUUCCUGGACAUCUCACCAUUCAGACAAGCUUGCAUCCACGCCUGCUCCGGUGACUCUGCCGAGGCCCUCAACCAGGCCUGUUACCUCGCUCGCGGCUACGGAGCCCUCGCCAUCACCAGCAUGCUGCCCGCCGUACUACCCGAUGUCUGCUUGAAGUGCACGGACGCGGACAAACCCAGGGCUCUUGGAGAGAGCUACGAAAUCAAACUGCCGAACAAGCAGGCUGACAUCAUUGUUACCUUCGAGACUACAGUCGAUAACGAGAAGAACUACAAGAGCAUCCUGGUGCCGCUGCUCGGCCAGGUCCUGGACCAGCUGAAGAACAAGCACAUCACCGACGUCAAGGUGUUCCUGGUCGGCAUUACCUCCAAGUACCCCUACCCCAUCAUCUACGAUACUGACAACAAGCUGAAGAACGCCAAGCCCCACUUCGACGACAAGAGCCGCUACGACAGGCUUCCGGAACUGAGUGACGACAAGGAUGACACCCUCAACUCCGCCUACAAAUACGUCGCCAGCAUCGUCGACGCUCUCAGGAUUGAGUUCGGUAUCACCAACGUUGGUGCUGGUUACUCUUCAAUCUUGCAACUGCCUCUCCGCGCUGGCGCUAUCAAACACGCCAUCAGCGUUGUUGGAGAAGAAUGCACCAGCCAAUUCUUCUUGGUUGAGGCUCUCCGCGCCGUGGGCUACAGCGCUCUGUUCGACAACAUGGCGUACACUCACUCCCUGAUCGGCGUCACCCCCGCCGGCACACUCAAGGUCGGAGGAGGCAAGAACCCCGCGCAGAUUGUUGGUUACACCGACCGCGCCGUGAUCAUGCUGGGUGACAAGAAGGUCGGCAAGGACGCUGAGGGUCUGAGGAGCACGCUCGAGAAGACUCCUGACGCAUGCAGGGACUUCAUUGAGUCGACUGACGGCAUCGUGUUCUCUGCUACGAACUUCCACGCGCUGAACCCUGGCCAGCAGAAGCAGUUCGUGCAGACGGCGGCGGCGGCCAUCAGCCACCAGCUCCUGCACGAGAGCGUCGUGCAGGACUGCACCUGCGUCUACGGAGAGGCCUUACUAACGCGCUCUGUCUGUCUGUCCAAGGACAGGAAGGAAGUGGCUCGCAGAAGGAAGUAAGCUGUUCAGAAAACUGUGAUCGAAUCGUGCCAUGUACCAAAAAAUCUUUAGUUUUAUGUAGACGCGUGGGAGCGAGAUGAAAAUAUACCCGUACAUUUGUGUCUCACUCGCACACAUUCAUCAAAUAAUCUUGUAUGGAAAUAUUAUACACAUUGCUGCCUCGACUCUUAUUUUUCAACAUCAUUUAGUUUUUACCGCGCAAUGGAUUUCAUAAAGUACCUGUUUAAUGUUUCCAUACAAGAGGUUAUAUUCGUAUAACUGUCAUCAGCAGAAUCUGUUGUAUUUAUGAAUUACACAUACCAUCAUGAGGUAUUAAGUAAUCAUGAUCGACUCUAUAUUAGAUGUAAUAAAAUAUGUUAUUUAAA